AUGCAAGCCGUUGCACAGCGCUGCCUCGCUGUCAUCGGCGACGUCCGCAGCCGCCCACCGCUUCCUGACAUCACCGAUUAUGUCUUUGGCGACAUUCAACUGGAUGCGAGCCACUGCAAGCUCUGUGCGCGCUUGGUCGAGUUCUUGAACGACGGCACACAGACCAGGCUUGAAUUGUUCGAGACGAUGUGUGACCCAGGCCAACGCUGUGUCGACGCCAACCACGACCGCCUCGUGGUCCAGCACCGUUGGUUGAAAAACUACUUUCAAAAGGUGCAGCCACGGGGUGGUGUGAGUGAGAGUCAACUCGCCAAGCAUGUCAAGGCCCAGCGAAUGGACGCCGAAGAUCGAGCGCGCGUUGCGGCUCUGGAGAUUCUCUUGGCUAAUGCACAGCAAAGAAAGGGGCAUGGUGGUGCGACUGAGGACGACGAGGACGACGACGAAGCCGCACAUUCACGCCACGUCAAGCGCCAGCGACGACCGAGCGAUAGAUAA